AUGAUGACCGAUACCCCUGUCCCUCUUGCGCCCACCGACGGCGCCGUCGCAGAGGUCACCGCUGCCACCGAACAAAUCUCGCUCAAGGAUACCAACAAGGAGGAACAUGUCCACGACGAGAACUGCCAGCACGACCAUGGCGAAGAAGAUGCUGCUGCCACCGAACCCCAGGGCCGCAACGACUAUGACCUACUGGAGAUCCGUGGCACCAAGGACAAGACCACCGACCCCCUCGUUAAGAUCUACUUUGAAGCCAAGGAGCUCUACCAGGGGGCAAUGGAGCGUCUGAACCAGAUCCCCGAGGGCGCCGACGCCGAGCUGAUCGAGAAGCACAAGGACGAAAUCGUCUCCGUCACGGGCGAUCUCAUGCGCGCCUUCCUUAUGGAUGAGAAGGCCUGUGUCAUGAACCAGCGGAUUCUCAAGCUUGCAGAGCAGUACGAGGCCUAUGUUCAGAAGUAUAACCCCGAGAACACUUCGACUACCACGGUCGAGAAUGAGGAGGAAGGAGCCGAGCAGGCUAAUACCAUCUACACUAAGGAUUCUGUCGGACAGCAGAGCAAAGCAGAGUCGCUGUUGGUCGAUUCUGAUUUGAUGGAUUUGGUGGGAAGGGGAUCUCAGGAGAACCUUAAUUUCCCUGAACUGAGCCAUUUCAUUUUGGCCUUGGGUUAUUUUGGAAUUUUCAUAUGGAUUCUGUUUGGUGGCCAGCAGUUCUCGCACUGUGUCCAGACCAUCGGCUUUGCUAUCAGCGAGUUUGAGUCCCUCCGUCCCCGCAUGUUCGAGCUCCGCGCUUCCUGCCACAUGGCCCUCCGCAACUACAAGGGGUGCACGGAGGAUUUGGAGGAGGUGUUGAACAUCAAGUCAGACCUGACCGAGAUCCACUCGAUGCUCGGAAACGUCUACUACGCAACCCACCAAGCCCAGGACGCCAUCAGCCACUUCCGCGACUUUGUCGAGGCCGCCCACCCAGACUCGCGUACCCUCCCCAACGCCUACUACGCCCUCGCCACACUCACCCUCCAAUCAGCCCCCUCGGGCGCCAGCAAGAAGAAGAGCAACCAGGCCCUGAAACAGGCAGCAGUCCUCAAGGAAGCCCAGGAAUUCUACACAAAAGCUCAGGCAGCCGAUGUACGAUUCAAGGAACUAUACGGGGUCCCUACAGGAUUGAACGAGAUUAAGCGGACGGCAGUGAUGGCUUUCCAGGCUCGCAGCGCUGGUCGCAACGGGCUUUUGUCGACGGAUUCGACGCCGGCAUUGUUGGAGGCCUCGGAGGCGUUGAAGAAGUCGUUCAAGAGCCCUGGGGUCUCGUCGUGUGCCAAUUGUAGCCGGCCUGACAAUGUUGCAAAUGAUGAGCGUGCACCGACAUUGAAGCCCAAGCCGUUGAUCAAGUGUGCCAAGUGCAACAAGGUUGCGUACUGUUCGAGGCCUUGCCAGAUCAAUCACUGGAACUCUGCCCACAAGAACACUUGCAACAAGAAGUAG